CUCAUAAGCCUUUCAAUCCAUCUCACCAUCAGUAAUUAGUAUAAUAAUAUUCCUCCAGCCUUGUUUUCAAGUUUAGAGAGUAGACACUACGAAAAUGGCAGCAAUGUUGAAAUUGGUAUGCGUGCUUCUUGCUUGCAUGAUUGUGGUUGCACCAUAUGCAGCUGAAGGUGCAAUCUCAUGUGGUAUGGUGGUUAGCAAGAUGACUCCAUGCCUUGGAUACCUCACAGGUGGUGCUAUUACAUCUGGUUGCUGUGCAGGAGUGAAGUCUCUCCUUGCAUCUGCUACGACUACUCCUGACCGUCAAGCUGCUUGCAAUUGCUUGAAGAGCGCCGCAGGUGGUAUCGCCGGGAUUAACUAUGCUAAUGCUGCCUCACUUCCUAGCCAAUGUGGUGUUAGCAUCCCUUACAAUAUCAGCCCUUCUACUGACUGCACCAAGGUACAAUAAAUACCAAAAUGAUACUAUUGGAGGAUAUGCAUUUAGCCAGAAUGAAUGGGAUACUGAUACGUGAUGAAGAAUAAAAUGGAUGUUUAGUUGAUGAAGAAUAUGUCAUAAGGAGGUCUGAUGCAUGUACUCAUGCUGAGCUUCGUUAGCUAUCAUCCACUGCUUAUGGCCUAAUACUAUAAUGUAAUGUUGUUGUGAUGUUGUUCUUGUUGAGUUUUUGUUGUUAUUUUUUCUUGUAGUAGAAUUAGUUUCUCUGUAUCAUCUAAUCAGACCAGACAUUUCCGGGUAGUUUAUGUAAUCCUCCUCCUUUGCAUGAAUGAAAAUGAAGAUUUAUUUAUUAGCUA